CUAUUCAAACCACCGUGUUGACAAAUAUAUCUACACUUAAUAUUUUUCACGUAGCUGGAGGCAUUAUCCGAGGCUAGGCUACCUGUCAAACGUGCAGUGAACAAGGGAUUUAGGAUGGAAACGGCAGUUGAGCCUAUUAAUCAAGAAGACAGUAUUGUAAACGAACAUCUAUAAAAAUAAGGAGGCGCACUAGCAACAACAGGUUACAAAUAGAACAGGUUGCCAGAGCCGCUGGGACAGUUUUAAAUAACUCCGGGUGCUAGGAGCGUGUUCGCCCAAGUGAACAGUUGUUGCGCGAGCAGCAGGUGUUCGACCGGAGUGAUUUAUAGGCUACCACUCGUGGAGGAAGGCAUACUGUCAACAAUCUCACUCAUCUGAGGGUUGACAAAGAGAGAGGAAGGAACAGCGUCUUGCAAUUGAAAAGCGUUGUGCAAUGAAGCCAGUUUGAGACUGGACACCAGGAAAUCUGUGCGUGCAGCCAAUUUCGCCUUUUCCUAUUGGAACGAGGUAAUUGCGGUCUACGACGUUUCAUCACAGGUUGUCCAUGAAUAAGCACAAUGCCGACAACAUCAGAGUGCUUUUGAUGGGUUCCAAGAGUGUGGGACAUCAUUCUGCACCAACACACAGCCGCAAAAACAGAUAGCACUAGCUGUUGCCGCUGUGUUGUGUCUCAGCCUGGUCUGUAGCCCUCGGCCUCAGAGGCUGUAAGGGGAUGGGGACACUGGCCCUCUGCGGUCACUGUACAAAGCCUUCAUGGAAGCACCGAGUCAUAGUGGCUUUGCUACUGCUUCACCUGUGCUGCCUGCAAGUACGGGCCUCCUGUAGAAUCCUGAGGUGCAACUCUGACUUUGUGGCCGCCACCCUGGACCUGGGGGGCAGCGGCGAGGGCAACGGAGGCGGAGGCAGCAGGGAGGAGGGCCACAGCGGGUACUGCAGCGCCCUCCGCUCCUACGCCAUGUGUACCCGCCGCACAGCGCGUGCCUGCCGGGGGGACCUGGCCUACCACUCGGCCGUGCAGGGCAUCGAGGACCUCCUCAUCCAGCACCGCUGCCCCCGGACCGGCCCCACCGCCCAGCCCCGGCCCCUGCCCCAGGCACCCAUCUCUGGGGACGCCUGCGUCUAUGAGAAGGGCGACCUUCAGCGGGAGGGCCGGGCUCCUGACUAUCUCCACUGCGGGGUGUUUGGGGACUCACAUGUUCGGACCUUCUACGAUGAGUUCCAGACCUGCGCUGUACAAGGGGCCUGGCCUUUGAUAGAUAAUGAGUACCUUUAUGUUCAGGCCACUAGUUCCCGCGUGAGAGAAGGGCUGGACGCCACGGCCCUCACAAAGAUCACCAUCAUCUUUAAGAACUGGCGCCAGUGUAUCGAGCACCAGAUGUACCAGGCGGAGCUGGACAACGUUCCCGCGGCCUUCAUGGACGGCUCGGUGACCAGCGGGGAGCGGCAGGGUCGGCACAGCCUGAGCGUCUAUUCCGACCUGCCGGGCCGCCGGGCUGAGAUCAGGGCCCUCCACAUCGGCACCACCCUGGUGGUGCGCCAGAGCGGGCGUUCUCUGGGCCUGUCGGUUCGUUUGCCGCGCGCCAUAGCCGAGGCCUUCGACACCGAGCAGGACCUGCAGCUGUGUGUUUACGGCUGCCCGCAUUCACAGCUCCUGGAGACACGACCCAACCCUUCGUCUCCCCUCUCCGGGGCUCCCUCCUCCUCCCCCGUCCAGCCCUCUGUGGCAGCGCGGGCUCACUGUGCGGAUCUUCUACCAGGCAAGGACAUCUACUACCAGGCCUGUCUGUUUGACGUUGGGGCCACGGGGGACUUCAACUGGAGCACGGCGGCUGUGGAGGCCCUGGAGGACGCUCGGAGAAUGAUCUCAGACCCUAGGAAGGUCCAUCUUGACAUGGUGAACACGGCGGAUAGGAGUAGCCCAUGUCUGCCUGUUAUCCUGACUGUGGCCAUGCUAUCGGAGCGUCUGGGGUCACUGAUGUCCAGACAGUGUUUGUGAUCUCGUGACUGGUGGUGGGAGUUAUGCUAGCCACACUGACCCUGGCCGAGAAGAUGCUGUUCAUACUUAAUGGGCUUGUUUUACCUACAACAGGCCCUAUGUAUGACAGGUUGGAACCAUAUGGCACUGUAACUGGUUACAGAUGUAGCCGUCCUUUAUUCUCUUGCGGCAGGAGAAGUGCAUGGUGACUGGAUUAAAUGCCAGGGAAUGCUAUCGGACAUUAGCAAGGAUGGAAGAGAACUCUUUAUGUCUGGCUCACUGACUGUGCUGAUGUCAUGGUUAGGAAAUCAUUAGGAUUUUAAUAUUUACUUGAAAGAAAAAUUGCUAUUAUUUUAAAAUGUAUUACUGUUCUCUGUUCCUUCUGUCAUACUGUUCUGUUCCUUCUGUCAUACUGUU